AUGGAACUGAUUCCGUGCCAUUUCUAUGAAGACGGACAGCGAAAAGACGGAACUCUCCAGCUUGACGAGAACCAUUUAGUUUUCCAAGUCGGUCGAAGCCGCGAAAAGACCAAACUCGCCUAUCAAAUGAUCAAACUCGCGCAACAAGACGAUCAACAACGACUCAUCUCUCAAAUCGACAUCAUUACUAAAAGCUUCAAAAAGUUCACACUAGACGUCAGUCCUGCUCCUUUAGGAACAAUACUAACUCGCGUCAAUUCACGUAGCAAAGCUCCUUCUCUGCGCGAACUUCCUGCCUUCAAAACCAAAGAACCUGUUACAGUCGAAGAAUGGGACGAGUUCACUUUAGAAACAGAAUACGCCAUGAUGAAGUUGCCAAACAACGAAUGGAAAAUCACCGAUCUCAACAAGAAUUUCGGGCUGUGUUCAACCUAUCCAAAAGUGCUCGCCGUUCCGACUACGGCCACUGAUUUUAUAAUUCAAGGCUCGGCCAAGUUCCGCUCUAGACAGCGAUUGCCGAUUCUUACCUAUCUGCACGGCUCAAACGGGGGAUCUAUUGUCAGAUGCGCUCAGCCGAUGGCCGGGGCAAACAACAGAUCAGAAAUGGACGAGAAACUACUAGAACUGUGCGUGGACACGAGCAGAAGUCGCUCAAACGGGCUGAUUGUAGACACACGACCAAUGAUCAACGCAAUGGCGAAUCGAGCCCAAGGAAAAGGAUACGAAAACGUUGAACACUACCAAAAAUGCUCCUUCGAAUUCCACGGCAUUGAAAACAUCCAUGUGAUGCGCAAGAGUCUCGAGAGUUUGGAGCAGAAAGGUUGGCUCUCUUCCGACUGGCUCAAGCAUAUUUAUGCGGUGCUGGAUGUUUCGAACACGGUGAAGAAGGUGGUUCAAGAGGGAAGAACCGUUUUUGUCCAUUGCUCUGAUGGAUGGGACAGGACUUCGCAAGUUUGUGCGGGCGCUGCUCUGAUGCUCUGCCCUCGGUACAGAACAUUCUCCGGUUUCCUGUCUCUCAUCCAUAAAGACUGGAUUUCCUUCGGUCACAAAUGUGCAGAUCGACUAAAUCUUUCCAGAGAAAACAGCGACGGAGAAGCGUCUCCAAUCUUCCUCCAGUUUCUCGAGUUCGUUUACCAAUUGAUGCAGCAGUUCCCGCAGUCCUUCGAGUUCACUUCUUCGUUUUUGAUUGAAAUUUAUGAAAAGGCGAUUUCUUGUAGUUUUGGCGACUUCUGUGGAAAUUCGAUAAAGCAACGAGAAGAACUUGGUGUUUUCAAGCUCACGAAAUGUCUCCUCACGCAUCUUUCAAAGAACAGGGAACAGUUUCGAAACCAUCUUUACGAAGAAUACCCAGGAGUGCUGGAGCCAGAAGUAGACAUGUGCUUCAUUAAAUUCUGGAGCGAGAUGUACCACGCCGUGCGAGGAAAUUUGGUCAAUGACGCGAUCGAGCGACUAGUUCACGAAAACGAUUCUUUACGAGAAACAGUAAAAAUGCUAGAAGAAGCGGUAAAUGGUGGACCUUCAACAAAAGACCCAGAACCGGAGAAAAACGGCGUGAAAAAUAUCGAAAAUGUUCCGCCUCCGAUAAAAAAGAGCACCUCAGGACUUUUAGGGCCAUUAUAG